CUCUAUCGUCCGGGUAUUAAUUACCGGAUUAAAAUUAAGAAGGGACCCAAUAGUAAGGAAUUUCCUUUAGCCAUCGGACUGUUAUAUAAUAUAACUUACAAAGAAUUCUUAAUUUUAAAGAAAAUAUUAAAAAAUUUAUUAAAUAAAGGGUUUAUUAGGGCGAAUAAUUCGGAAGCGGAUACGCUAAUACUAAUUAUAAAAAAACCGGGAGGCGGCCUCCGCUUUUAUUAUAAUUACUAG